CCACGCAUGCGUAGAAGAACAACCGGAAGUGUUUCCCAUGUGGCGAAAUUCGUCUGCAAAUGCAAGAUGGGUCGCAUUGGAAAGCCACAGAAGACACAGAAAAACAAGAAAAUUAAAUCAGUAGACCCAUUUUACAUCGGAGAUAGGAAAGAUAGCCGAACAAAGCACAAAGAUCAAAGGCCUGCAAAUGAUGACCAUCAAGAAAUGCCCAGGAAAGUCAGACGGUUAAUGGAUUCAGUUUUAGAUGUCAGGAACCUAUCUUCAAAGAAGAGGAACAGAAAGCGGCACUUUGUUGAGCAGAACUAUGUGCACCCUGGCAUGACGAAGCCCAUGGAAGCUGUUCCAAAGUUCAAGAAGAGAAAUAAUGAAUCUGAUUACAAGUUCAUGAGUCGUGUGGAAAGAGAAACACAGGCAGUCCUCCAGCAGUCCAAACUAGAGGACAAAUUCAAGGUGAAAUUUGAAAGGAAUGCAAAAGGAGAAAUUGUUGUUCAAAAGAAAGGUCCAAGUAAAAGGAAAAAACAACGAAUGAAAGAAAGAAAACAGAAGAAGAAGGAACAGAAACAGGAGAAAAGUAUAGAGAAGAAACUAGAGUUUGAUGCAUUAACAGAUAAGGUCCAGUUCGGUGAGAUAGUGUCACAGCCACCUGUCCUUACAGCUAAGCCGUGGAAAAGUCAGACCCUGGGGCAUACAAAGCCUGGUCAGAGGUCGUUGCUGUUAAAAGAGAUAAUGUCAGACCAAUUGGGUAGUACAAGCAGUACCAAGCGGAAAAUCGGGGAGACAGUAAAGAGGAAACACCUGACCCCAGCUCAGCAGGUGGUUACAGACUUAGAGAGACAGAACGCUAUAGACAUGUACAGACACUUGAAGGGCAAAAAACAGAAACUCUCUGACACAUGAUUCCCAGAGGAUUGGAAUAUGAUGUUUACUGCGGACUCCGUGACACACAGGCGGUAGUAUGGGAUAAGUGCUGUGGAUGGUGCUGGCUGGCCAGUUCAUUGAUGACGUUGAACAUUAUUGGACCCAUAAAAUAAUGAUAUGCACUAGGAAAUCUGUGUGAUUUUACCUGACACAUCACAGAAUAUCCUUAUACACAAAACAUCAUAUUGAACAUUUUUGUGUGGAAGCUGUUAUUCAAGUUCCAGGCAUUUCUGCUGUCUUUUACAUUCAACACCUGGCAUGCAGUCUACUGUCUGUAGGUUGUGUGGUCUGUAAUUCCAGCAGGUACUGCUGUGAUGGGAAUAAAUACAUUUCUAUCCUGUUCUUUUGAAACCGGCAUUGAAAAUUUAUAUUUUCAAAGAGAAUUAUCACUGUGAUUUAUCAGGCACUUUAUAUGGAUUAUUUGAUUUCAUUUCGUACAUAUAGUUGAGGCCCUUUAGUCUUUCAGAUAAAAUGUACUCAGAUAUAGCCAAUGCUUGAUCAGCUGUGGUCAAGUGGUUUGUCAGGUACCUGUGGACAGAGGUUGUCUCGGUGUGUCCAGUUUUUCGCCAACUCACUGGACUCCGAUUGAAUGAAUCAAAUGUUUAAAAGUAUUGAUGAAUGAAUGAAAUGAUUAAAAGUUUUAAAUUGGUAUGAUUUUGGUACGCAGCUUUACAUAUAAAGGUAGAACAGGUUCCUGUAGUGGUUUUGCUGAACCUUCAUCCUUGAAGAGAACGUGGUUAGUGUAUGCAAGCAAAACGUGAAAGACUGAGUAUAACACCUCUCAGAUAAAUAAAUUAGCUUUUUUAUGUCU